AUCAUAUCUACCACUGCUUUUCCUUACAAAUUUCAUCCACUCAAUCUUAAUAUCCUCUCUCCAACCAGAAAAAAAAAACUAUACUCACUCAAAAACUGCAUAUACAUAUCAUCACUUAAUUAAUCAACAUUACUCUUUCUUUCUCUCUAUCUUCUCAAUUCUUACAACAACAACAACAACAUGGCUGCUGCAGUUACAGCCGCAGUCUCCUUUCCUUACUCCAACUCCACUUCCCUUCCCAUCAGGACAUCUGUUGUUGCUCCUGAAAGACUUGUCUUCAAGAAGAUUUCAUUGCAAUAUAGAGAUAAUAAUGUUUCUAUAAGUGGAAGGGUUGGUUCAAUUAGAGCACAAGUUACUACAGAAGCACCUGCUAAGGUAGAAAAGAUAUCAAAGAAACAGGAUGAAGGUAUAGUUGUUAACAAAUUCAAACCUAAGGAACCAUACAUUGGGAGGUGUCUUCUCAACACAAAGAUCACUGGUGAUGAUGCACCUGGUGAAACUUGGCACAUGGUUUUCAGCACUGAGGGAGAGGUUCCUUACAGAGAAGGACAAUCAAUUGGAGUAGUUCCUGAUGGUAUUGACAAGAAUGGCAAGCCUCACAAGCUGAGAUUGUAUUCAAUUGCUAGUAGUGCCAUUGGUGAUUUUGGAGACUCCAAAACUGUUUCCCUAUGUGUGAAACGUCUUGUGUACACAAAUGACAGUGGAGAAGUUGUCAAGGGAGUCUGCUCAAAUUUCUUGUGUGACUUGAAGCCUGGAUCUGAAGUAAAGAUUACUGGACCAGUUGGUAAAGAAAUGCUUAUGCCAAAAGAUCCUAAUGCCACCAUCAUCAUGUUGGGAACUGGAACUGGAAUUGCUCCAUUUCGCUCAUUUUUAUGGAAAAUGUUCUUCGAAAAGCACGAAGAUUAUCAGUUCAAUGGUUUGGCAUGGCUCUUCUUAGGUGUCCCCACAAGCAGUUCAUUGCUUUAUAAGGAGGAAUUUGAAAAGAUGAAGGAGAAAGCACCUGAGAACUUCAGGCUUGACUUUGCUGUGAGUAGAGAGCAAGUAAACGAAAAAGGAGAGAAAAUGUACAUCCAAACCAGAAUGGCUCAAUAUGCAGAAGAGUUGUGGGAGUUACUUAAGAAAGACAACACUUUUGUUUACAUGUGUGGACUCAAAGGAAUGGAAAAGGGAAUUGAUGACAUAAUGGUGUCACUCGCUGCCAAAGACGGUAUCGAUUGGAUCGAGUACAAGAGACAAUUGAAGAAGGCGGAGCAAUGGAAUGUUGAAGUCUAUUGAUUUAUUUUUCACUUGCACAGAUAACAAGUCUCACUUUGUGCAGCAGCAUAUCUAUAUCACCCUCGUCCUGCAUUCUGUAGAUAGAUUACAAACCCUGUAAUUUUGGUAUGCUAAAAAAAUUAUACCUUGCUUGUGAACAAUCUUUGUUACAUAAUCCUUGCAAGAAAUAAUUUUGAAGAUCAUGCAGUAUAUAGAUAAAACCAAGUUUUAUCAAUUUCCUAAA